AACAGAGCUCCUCACCCCAUCAGCUUCAUCCAUCUCCGAGCUACCGAAUCGAUAGAGAUACCUGCACAAAUAUGUCUUUACCUUUUAUGCAGCCGCUCGGCUACGACCAGUCCUAUUCCUUCCAUACACCGACAUCUAAAGCUUCAGGAGGAUACACCCAGCACAGUUUUAACCCCUACACAGACAAUGGCGGAACCAUCAUAGGGAUUACCGGUGAAGAUUUUGUUGUACUAGCAGGAGAUACCAGGCACACAUCCGGCUACAACAUCAAUUCCCGAACUGAGAAGAAGGUAUACCGGCUCGGAGAGGAUAAUAGUCUCGUGCUAGCAACUGUUGGAUUCGGGGCUGAUUCCAAAGACGUUGCUGAGACUAUGAUGAGAGCUGUUAAUGACUUCAAAUUCAACCACAACUUGAAAAACAUGAGCGUCUCUGCUGCUGCGCAGUACCUUUCCACUUUUCUCUAUGGCAACCGCUUCUUUCCUAAAUAUGCGAAUUGUGUUCUUGCUGGCCUGGAUAAGGAUGGGAGGGCUCGCCUAUAUUCUUAUGAUUCGGUUGGUUCGUAUUCCAAACAAGGGGAGAGCCGGGCAUCCGCUGGCUCUGCAUCAUCGCUGAUUGUCCCUUUCCUUGACAAUCAGGUUGAAUUCAAGAACCAGUUUGUCCCUUCGUCGAAGGGCCAGGAGGAGAGACCAGUAGUACCUCUUGAUCCUGUUACGGUUGCAAAAUUAGUGAAGGACGCUUUUACCUCUGCUACUGAGCGCCAUAUCGAAGUUGGAGAUGGGCUGCAGAUUAUUACGGUCACCAAAGAUGGCGUCUCUGAGGAGGUUGUAGACCUGAAGAAGGACUGAGCUGGUGGCCGUUUGUGGAUAGAAAUAGUUAUGACAUUGGCAUCCCUUGGAUUGAUAAGUGCAGUUCCUGCGGUUCACAGAUAAUCACUCGGGGUAUUGAGUCGUUGAGAUGAUUAUCUUGGUCUGGAUUGGUUGGUUUUGGGCUUCCAAACUAUUCAUGCUCGGUGUGUUGGUCUAUAUUUUUUGUAGGUAUUGUGGCAGUUGGUGCGAGUUAGUUGAAUCUGCGCCCGAUAGUCUAACUGGGAAAUAUUGUUCGCUGGG